GGCUGCCACCUUAUUACCUCAUAUUCUUACAAGGUUGAAGGAUUCUGAAGAAUUUNCAAUAGUCGGAUAUUCGUAUGGGUCUUUAAUUGCUAUUGAGCUGAUGAGAUUGUUGGAAGCUAAAAGUCUCAGAGGGCAGUUAAUAUUAAUCGACGGCGCGCCCGAUCAGAUAAAAGCUUUGAGAGAACAACACUUCCCUUUUAUCAAUAUUGAUGAGUUUCAAAAUAACGUUCUUAUAGGCAUAUUGGAUAUGUUCUCUACGGUUGAUAGUACAAUGAUUCUAAUUGAAUUAUCCAAGUACAAGACGUGGGAGGAAAAGCUUAACGCUUUUAUUGAGUACAUACUCACCAUAUCUACACAACUACCUUUUGUUGAAAAUUACAAGAUUUAUUGUACGACCAUUUACAAGCAUCUAAUGGCCCUUCAAGAAUACGAUGCGUCUUUAUUGCCGCCACUGAAAUCAUCUAUUGUGUUAUUAAAACCCACAUUUGCGGCUUUGCCUUCUGCCGAGGAAGAUUGCGGUUUGAGCAUGGUUGCCGAAGGUACAUUGCAGAUUCGUUACAAUCAAAGUAAUCAUAUCACGAUGUUAAAAAACUACCAA